AUGCGCCAUGCUUUGCGCUUGACUUCAAAGGUCGAGGGCCGGUUGAAGCACCAUAACCCAAAGCGUAAUUCGAUCGUCUCCAUCUCCUGCGAUCUCGCUUCCCUCCUGCAAUCCUGCAAUCGGACUUCCCAAAUCGCCCAAGUUCAUGGCUUUAUGGUCACGAAUGGUCUGCAACACGACCCUUUCUCCGUCAGCAAGCUUCUCGCUUCGUCAAUACAAGACACGCAAUAUGCGGCCUCCAUAUUCGAGAAUUUCCGAGACCCAAAUCUGUUCAUGUUCAACACUAUGCUUAGAGCCUAUUCCAUUAGCGGAACACCCUGGAAGGCCUUUGGUGUUUUCAAUAACUUGAGGGCUCGAAGCUUCUUGCUCGAUCAGUUCUCCUUCAUCACGACCCUUAAAGCAUGCGCGCGCGAAUUGGCUGAGGAAAACGGGCAGGCGAUACAUGGACUUGUGUUGAGAUCUGGGCAUUUAUUGUUUGUGGAAGUUAAGAAUGCACUUUUGCACUACUAUGGUGUUUGUGGGGAAAUCGGACACGCCCACAAGUUGUUUGAUGAAAUGCCAGAGGAGAAUGAUCUUGUAACGUGUAACACAAUGAUGGCUGCUUAUAUGCAAGCUUCUCAACCAGAUAUGGCGUUGAAAUUGUUCAGGGAGGGGGUCAGGUGUGGCCAGGGAGUCAGCGAGACCUCAUUGUUGUCCGUUCUGUCGGCUCUCAGCGAAUUAGAGGAUUCACGUGGAGGCGAGUCCAUUCAUGGCCUUUGGAUAAAGGUCGGCUUCCAUUCUAAUAAGAACGUUGUGACUGCUCUUAUUGACAUGUAUGCAAAAACAGGUAGUAUAGAAUCAGGACGUAGGCUUUUUGAUGAGACCAUGUCUAGAGACGUUGUCCUGUGGAACUGCAUGAUAGAUAAAUAUGCAAAAGCUGGGCUGCUAGAUGAAGGGAUAGCUCUGCUAAAGCUGAUGAAAAGUGAACGAGUCAAUCCAAAUUCCUCCACUUUGGCAAGUCUACUCUCAGCCUGUGCUUCCACCGGAUCUAUCAAACUUGGCCGGUACUUAAGUAGCUUUGUCGAACUAGAGGCAAUGAAGCUGGAUGCAGUUCUCGGUACAGCUUUGAUCGAUAUGUUCGCCAAGUCUGGGUUUCUAGACAAAGCCGUCGACAUCUUCCAGCGAAUGCAGAGCAAAGAUGUCAAGUCCUGGACUGCCAUGAUCUUAGGUUAUGGAGUUCAUGGGCAGUCGAGCAAUGCUGUUGCUCUCAUGUACAGAAUGGAGGAUGAAGGAUACAGGCCAAAUGAGGUCACUUUCUUGGCUGUACUAAGCGCUUGUAGUCAUGGCGGGAUGGUGAAAGAAGCAAUGGAAUGCUUUCGGAGGAUGGUUGAACGAUAUGGUCUUUUACCCAAAGUUGAGCACUACGGUUGCAUUAUUGAUCUCUUGGGUCGUUUGGGAUUGUUGAAGGAAGCACAAGGCUUGAUCGAAAGGCUGCCACCAAUCAAGAGAGAUGCCACUGCUUGGCGUGCAUUACUUGCUGCCUGCAGAGUGUAUGGAGAUACUGAGUUAGGGGAACGUGUGAACAGAGUAUUGGUUGAAAUGGAUGAUCAACAUCCGACUGAUUCAAUGCUUCUAUCAGUUAUCAAGCCUGGCACAUGUUACAUGUACAUGCUCAAGUACUUGGAACAUCUAAAUAAUGGGAGCAUGUACUUGGAGUGUCGAAACUUCGAACUGGAUAUGCUACAUCUGCCUUGGUUGGGAGUUUGCGACUGCAGUUUCUGUUGGCAAUCCAAAGAGCUUGCUUUCGCCGGAGCACUUCACAGGGAGAUAGCAAACUUGGGCUACAAGUCAGUUGCACACUGUCUCCAUCAAAAACCCAACAACCAGAAAACAAAUGUUGCACAUACCACAGGGCCCUGCCAGUGAAGAUUCUGCUAACAGGCCACCUGCAUUUUCAACAACAAACCUUUCAAUUUCUCAAAGAUUCAGGAAAGAUGAAAAACCUGUAACGAACUAAUGCAAUUCAGUUCAGUGCGGUCUGAUGUGGUUUUGUUUCAAAGGUCUUGGAACUAUACUUAGCCUAGCUCUUUCAAUUUCCAUAUCAUUGUUUUCUCCCCCUUUCAAUUUAUUUUGGCAUCAUUUUUCACUACAUAUAUAGGUAGUUACAACCGAGGAUUGUGAAAAAUUUAAUCGAAUUGAC